AUGCCUGAGAAUUCAUCUCCAGCAAAUGUUUUUGAUAAUACAAACUUAAGUUUAGGUAAAUCUACUGGUCCUAAUUCUAGUUUACCCUUCGAAGUUAAUGACUAUACGCAUCCAUGCCAUCCUCUAUGUGUUCAUCCUUCAGAUUUGUUAGGCUCUUCUUUGGUGACUGAACUAUUUGAUGAAUCUUGUUAUGGAAGUUGGCGUAGAUCUAUCUUAAUUGCACUAUCAGUUAGAAAUAAGCUCGAUUUUAUUUAUGGUACCUAUGAGAGGCCUCUAGAGGGAUCUCCUCUACUCCGCCAAUGGCAACGUUGCAAUGAUCUAGUAGUUGCUUGGCUUGCUAACUCUGUCACCAAAGAGAUCCAUCGUAGUGUUGUUUACUCUAAACUUGCAAAGAAUAUCUGGAAAGAACUAGAGGAUAGGUAUGGACAGGCUGAUGGUGCAAGGGUGUUUGAGCUUAAGAAAGACUUAGCACAUAUCUUUCAAGGUUCCUCUGACAUUGCUUCAUACUUCAAUAGGAUAAAACAGUUGUAG